CUCGAGACAAAUCAUACGGUGUCAAGUGAAAUUUCCUUCCCGAGUUUCUUGCGAUUUCCCUAUCGAGCUGUGUCGCAGUCGCCGUUGCCGUCGACGAUGGCAGCGGAGGUGGAUCAGAAAGUGGUGGUGCAUGUGCGGUCGACGGGUGAUGCCCCGAUACUGAAGCAAUCCAAAUUCAAGAUUUCGGGACGAGAUAAAUUUUUGAAGGUCAUUGAGUUUCUUCGCCGACAACUUCAUCAGGAUACACUGUUUGUCUAUAUCAACAGUGCAUUUUCGCCAAACCCAGACGAACUGGUAAUUGACUUGUAUAAUAACUUUGGAAUUGAUGGGAAACUGGUGGUAAAUUAUGCUUUAUCAGCAGCAUGGGGCUAAAGUUGCUGCUGCAGCAAUGAGAUAAUAGAGACCCUGACAAUUCCUCAUGGCGAUUGUAAAUUACAUCUAGUUUUAGUGCUAAUGAGACUGUAUAUCUAAUUUGUAAAGGUUAUUAUACAUAUUUCACAAUCACCCAAAUGUAUUUCUCCUGUAAAGAAUUCCACCCCUACUGUUCAUCACGCUGCACCACAGCCCCGUGCUCGUGCAUGUGGCUUUCUGGAUUGUGUAAUGCACCAGUGCAGGUGGUGGAUUUUAAGGACUGCUUUAACGACUUCAUUGUGUUGACC